AUGAAACUAUUGAUAUUAAGCGGUCUUUUUAUCGCCGAGGUAACAAGUCUCCUCGUCGACUCAAACACUCCCGUCCAUUUGUUGAAAACUACCAACUCUGGUCUAAUAAAAGACACCAGAAUUGGCCUGUUUGAUAGAAGAAAAAUUUCAAAAUUUCGGAAUUCCUAUCAAACUCUUCCGUUUAAUUCUAUCGAAGAGUCCGCUGAGAUAAGCAGAUACUGUAAUGUGGAGAACAACCGAGUCGGUAAAAUCCUCGGUAGAGUUAAUAGUGAGCCUUCGGAAGAAAAAGUUGGUCUUGGAAUUUGGGACACUGUAGGCAGCUGGAUAGGUUAUGAACCCAGCGGAAGAUCAGUCAGACAACACACUCCUACGCCAGAUGUUAUUUACCCAGAAAUUUUAGUUAUAGUUGAUUACGAGUUUUACGCUUCUUUUGACACUUUAAAUGAUCUAAUCAGUCGAUUGUAUACUUUUUGGGAGAGCGUUGAUCAACUUUAUGCGCCCUUAAGUGAUCCCAAAUUCAAGCUGAGCAUUGCUGGUGUUUUGGUACCAACAGAACCAGAUGUAUUUGAAUUUUUAAAAACAUCUUCAAGAUUCUUCUUCUGGUCCAGCGGUAUAGAUUAUGAAGACGUUAAAUAUAAAAUGGAUUCUUGGUUAUACAAAUACAAAGCAACAUUUUCUGAAGAUGACUAUGAUGUAUUCAUAUUAAUGACUCCUUCAAAAGACAGUCCACUAUUUUCAUCAACGAUUGGACUAGCCACGAUCGGAGGAGCUUGCCAUGUAGACAAUUGGUCACAAAGACUAUCCCGAGGAGGGAUAAUUUACGAAACUUCUAAUUUUAAGAACACUUUGACGGCAGCGCAUGAAUUGGGACACUUG